AUGAAGUUCGGACGGACGAUUAAGACGUCCUUGUAUCCGGAAUGGUCGUCUCAGUACCUGCAGUACUCUGAUCUCAAGAAAGAGAUUAAGAGGCGCAUGGCUGAGAACCAGGGUACAUGGACAGACAAGGACGAGGAUGAGUUUGUUGAGGAGCUGCGCAUGGAGCUGGAUAAGGUGUAUUCGUUCCAAAAGAGCAAGGUUUCGGAGCUUACUGGCCGUAUUGAGCAGGUGAACACGGAAGUGACGCAGCUUAUGAAGGCGCGCGAUGCGUACGAGGCGGCGCAUGAGCAUGGCCAUCACGAUGCCGAGGGCGACGAGCAUGCGCACGAGCCCGAGUUGGAGUCAAGUGCGCAUGGCGCGCACCGUGAGAUGAUGUACCAGGCACGUCACAAUGCGGGCUCGGACGACGAGUUCGACAGUGACAGUGACGAGCCUGACCACUUUGAGGAGCGUUUCCAAGACCUGGAGGAGCAGUUGGCGAAUGUGAUUGCUGAUGUGCACGACUUGGCGCUGUUUACCAAGCUGAACUACACGGGUUUCCUGAAGAUUGUAAAGAAGCACGACAAGCAGACGGGCCGCCUGCUGCGCAAGGAGUUUGUGCAGCACUACCUGAGCACACGUCCGUUCUACAAGGAGAACUACGAUGCGCUGAUUGUCAAGCUCUCGAAGAUGUUCGACAUUGUGCAUACGCGUGGUCACCCUGUGAAGGGUGACUCGAGUGCGGGUGGCUCGCAGAGUGCGUUUGUGCGUCAGACGACCAAGUACUGGGUGCACCCGGACAACAUUGUGCCACUGAAGCUGUUCAUUCUGAAACACUUGCCAGUGCUUGUGUUCAACAGCGACAAGGAGUACCAGCCGGAGGACAGUGCGAUCACCUCGAUCUACUACGACAAUGAGGACCUGGAGCUGUACCUGGGCCGGCUGGAGAAGACGGAGGGUGCGGAAGCCAUCCGUCUGCGUUGGUACGGUGGCAUGGACAACAAGACGAUCUUUGUGGAGCGUAAGACGCAUCGUGAAGACUGGACGGGUGAGAAGAGUGUCAAGGCACGCUUCCCGAUCAAGGAGGAGCUUGUGAAUGCGUACAUGCGCGGUGAAUACCGUAUGAACGACACGUUCGAAGAGAUGCGCAAGAAGGGCAAGAAGUCCGACAAGGAAAUCGACUCGAUGAUCCAGCUUGCGUCGGAAGUGCAGUACUCGGUACUCUCGCGCAAGCUGGUGCCUGUGAUGCGCUCGUUUUACAACCGUACGGCUUUCCAGCUGCCAGGCGAUGCGCGUGUGCGUAUCUCGCUCGACACGGAGCUUACGCUUGUGCGUGAGGACAACUGGGACGGUGUGCAGCGCGCUGGCAAGAACUGGCGUCGUAUGGACAUCGGCAUCGACUACCCCUUUGACCAGCUGCCGGAAGGCGAUGUUGAGCGUUUCCCGUAUGGCGUACUGGAAGUCAAGCUGCAGACACAAAUGGGCCAAGAGCCGCCGAAGUGGGUGCGUGAGCUUGUGUCGAGCCACCUGGUUGAGGCAGUGCCGAAGUUCUCCAAGUUUAUUCACGGCUGUGCGACGCUGCUGUCGAACCGUGUGGACCUGGUGCCCUUCUGGCUGCCGCAGAUGGACAUUGACAUCCGCAAGCCUGUGUCCAUGAACCUGGCGUUGGACCGCCCGCAGCACAGCUCGGCGACGUCGGAGGCGUCGCAUGGCAGUGGCGGCAGCAGCCAGAGCCACAAGCAGCAGCCCCACUACGAGCCGGUGAGCGAGGACGAGUUUGAGGGCGAGGACGACCACCUUGCGUCGCAGAUCGCCAAUGCGCAGCAGGAAGCUGACAAUGUGGGUCUCUCGGCGUUUGAUCCACGCAUCAAGGAGAUUCGUGAGCAGCGCGAAAAGUACCUGAUUGAGCACCGCCGCGAGUCGGAGGGCGCGCAGAAGGCAGCGUCCAAGGCGCCGAUCAAGGAGACGGCCGCGCCAUCGCGCUCGGAUGCGCGAGUCGCUACGAGUCGCGCAGAUAUUCUGGCGCCCUCGAAUGUCUUUGACAAGAACUACCUGCAGAAAGUGGGCAACAAUAUCAGCCGCUUGUGGCACCAUCCCUCGAGCCAGGCCGCCUCGUCGGCGGCGGCUGAUCAGCCGCAGGACGAGGAGGACGAGGAGGACGAGCGUGCGCUUCGUGCGCUGCAAGGCCGCGAUGAAGAGGAGCCGCAUGGCGAGGGUAGCCGCCCGCCGGCGGGUGUGGAGUACGUUACUGAGUUCCAGGCGCAGCCGGGCAAGAAGGUCUCGGUGCCGAUCCGCAUUGAGCCCAAGGUGUACUUUGCGAACGAACGCACGUUCCUCAAGUGGCUCGAGUUCAGUGUGCUCAUUGCCUCGAUCGCUACGGGUCUGCUGAACUUCCACCGUCCUGGCGAUGUGGCUGGCUUGGUGACCAGUGCUCUAUUCACGCUGCUAGCGCUCUUUGCGCUGGCCUACUCGGGUGUGCUGUACAUGUGGCGCGCCCUCAAGAUCCGGGAGCGUAGCUCCUCGAACGUGUACUCGGACUCGUACGGCCCCACGUUCUUGUGCUUCGGUAUCCUCACUGUGACGAUUGUCAACUUUGUGAUGCGAUACACCGAGUCGCAUGAAGCGCGCCUGCUUCGUGGCGUGCCGAAUUAA